GGGGACCAGGCGGGCUAUGAAAAAGUAGUGCAGAAGACGGGCGCGCAAAUGCGGCGUGUGGCGCGGUUGGCGUCGGGGCAUGGUAGGGUACGCGAAGCUUCGAUUGAAGCGGCCGAACUUGGCAGCCGAGUUGCAGUCCAGCGGGGCACACAUACAUACUGAUACGCACACUAAAGCUGAACACUACCUGAGAUUCAAGCACCACGAGCACUACGAGCAGGGUUCGAGUACUUUCGGUCUAGUGACUUCGCGUAAGAAUGGAUGACUUCUUUUCUAUUUUAGAUAGGGCGAAAAAAGAUGUCGAAGAGAAGCAGCGGCAAGCAAAGCGGGCGGAAGAGGCAGCAGCUCGGCAGCAAGCGGCCGCGUCUGCUUCUGCGAGGGUCGCUGUGGUCGCGGCAAACGCUGCGUCUCGUUUCGACGCCCGUGAGCGCGGCCGAGUGCUAGAGUCUGCGAAGGCGCUGCGGACUGAGGGAGCCGGGAGCAUCAUCCUGAAGCCGGCGUCGGAGCAGGAGAUGAAAGCCAGCUCGGCCGCUGGCGCCAAGCUGAGCGCCGCGCUGCAACGAGCUGCGGGUCUCAGCGGACGCUUACUGACGCUGCUGUCGGUGCUGGAGCACGCACACACGAUUGGCGUGCCCGGAGCCGCGCACGCCUGCAUGCCGACGGCCCUCAUGGCCAGCGCACUUGCGCAAGGGGUCCCGUUGAGUGAGGUGGCCGUGGCGGCCGUGGAGGAUGACCUGUCCACAGUAGAUGAGGACGGGGGAAUGGCGCUGCGGCAGCGCCUGGUGUCCGACGUGGAGGCGAAGCUGCCUGCAGACGCUUCUAUGGCGGCGGCGUGGCUGGCGCAGGUGCCCGAAGAGGUGCGCCCGGGCAUUCAGCACUUGCUGGAGAGCCUUCGCCGUGCUGGCGAAAGCCUUCGUGGUGAUCCCGUGGCAGCAGCCGCAGCGUCCCUUAGGAAGGGCAAGGGGCAGCUGCCAGACACGUACCUGGACCCAGCGGAUGCAGUAGCAGCAGUCGCAGCGCGGCACCGGGAGUUGGGGAGGUUGCCCAUCCUGUUCGUGUACGGCGCAACUGACAUGGAGGGCGGGGGCCUGGCAGCCCAGCUAGUGGCGCCCGAGAGCACACUAGCUCGGGUCCGGUCGGACCAACAGCAGGGUGCAGCAACGGUGUUUGGGCCGGGCGAGGCGGUAGUAGUGUACCUCGGCUGCGGUCACGCAUCAGCAGUUAGCAUGGGCGGGAGCACACUUGAAGUGCAGUACCUUGCAGACACGGUUGAGGCCACGCAGUAUAUGGACGCUUUCAGCAACUGCGUGGUGCGGCUGCCGGACCAUCUGGCAGCGCUGGCGGCUGACCUGGAGGCCGCGCAGACUGUGCCGGCAUGGGCUGCUGUGGCGGCGGGAGGAAGUGGGAGCGGUUCGAACAGCUUUGGGCUGCAAGUGCGGAACGGUGCUGCUGGGCGACCUACCAGCUGUUCAGAGCGUCCUGGCGUGCAACUGGCGCUGGGGCUGGUGACGCCGCCAAGGCCUGCGCCAGCCGCCCUGCCUGCUGCCCAGCGCUCACCUACGCCGGGCUCGGACAGACGCCUGGCAAGCAUAGCGGCGCCCGCCGGCCGCACAUCACCUCGCCAUGAGGCGGCACGUGGGCUGACGGCCGCUGCCGUACAAGCAGUGGAGGCAAGCGGACGUGGGCGGGUGCCGGCGGCUCUAUCGGCAGUGGUGGAUGCGAUGGGCUUCACUGAGGUGGCCUACCGCUCCAAACGGGCACACCCCAGCGGCACCGCCCCAGGUGGCCAUGACAACAGCCAGAAAGUGCCUGCUCCAGCAGGCAAUGCCGCGGUGAGCCCAAUCGCAAAGAAGGCCCGUACCACUGACGAGGUGCUGUUCGAUGGUGAGAACCCGUUCAGCGUUCUGGACCCUGACGAAGACAUGCCGGGUGCUAUGGACUGCGAUACUGCCAGCGGCGGUGGCGUGCGCAUGAGGCGCGGUGGCGGCGGCAGUGGCGCUGGUGUAGGCGGCAGCGUUGGGCGCCUCGCCAGCCCUGCGCCUGGAACGGCGACAGCGUCAAGCCCCGCCAUCAGCAUCAACAGCAGCGCGGAUGUGGAGACGGACGGCAGUGGCGACGAAGACAUCGAAGGUAACGCAGUGAAAGGAAUCCAGCGUGUGUUGAGGGUUCAAAGGAGGCAAAGUACCGGUAUGUGCCUGCACUGUACGCAUUUCAGAGUGUUGAGUGGUAUGCGGCGAAGUUUGUGUGUGUGCGGCUGACCUACAACUGGCGUACUGCGCUUGGGGAUCCGCUGGGCCCGGUGCUGGAUGGCCUACGGCUGGCAAUAGACCAGAUGCCGACGGACAUUUAUCAGAAGCUGCAAGGGCGCCUGUCCAACGUGGCAGUUGAUCCUGCGACUGCGGUCACGCUGUGCGGCACCAAGAGAAGAGCGGCGUACUGGAACGAGCAGCGGCUGGAGGCAGUGCGGGGCGGUCGCGAAGCCAUUGCAUACCACGCCAUAGAUCACAAUUACUCAACCAAUACGGUGCGGCAAUGUGUGAAGCAGGACCUUGUGGAAUUGGGCCCAGAUGACGACGUGUACGAGGAUGUAGAGCCUGACGCAGCUGAUGACGGUGAUGACGUGACGCACUGGAAACACCUGUUUGGGCAGGUGGUGGCGAGCCCCUGGCUUGAGCUGUGUGUUGGAGCAGAGGUGAUUGCGUGUGCAAACCUGGGCAAUGGUGUGGUGAAUGGCUGCAAGGGCAAAGUGGAGGGCUUUACAAUGGCCGUCACCACAGCAGCCGGUCGCCAGCGCUAUUUUGACCAGCUUGAUCCCCGAACGGACCUGCCAUUUGGCAUGACGAAAGAUGAAGCACGAGAGAAGUAUCCCCAGGUUCAGGAGCACCUGAGGUGGCCGAUUGUGUCGUGGACGAAGGAGGAUGGCAGCCCGCUGGAAGCCGCCCCAGUGCUUCCAUACAGUUUUUCGGUGCAGGACAUAACUUGCGGGGAUGUCUUUGCAACGCGCUUGCAACUUCCCUUGCUUGCUGGAUAUGCCCUUACGAUCCACAAGAGCCAGGGACAGACUAUUCCGCAAGCUUGCGUGGAGAUUCACAGGACCUUCGCGUACGGGCAGAUAUAUACAGCAUUGAGCCGCGUGAGGCGCUUUGCAGACCUGCGCCUGCUAACGGGCUUGAAGGCACAGUGCCGCCUGGCUCACCCAGACGUGGUUAAGUUUGAAACGGACACGGCAUUUACGGAGAUUUACAAUGGGCCGGGGGCUGUGUGAGAUAGGGGUAGGCCAGCGCCAUGUUGCGUAGAGCGCAGGCUGGUUGGUGCCCGCGGCCUUGCUAGGGUGUUGCGUGCGCGGCUGUGUGGGCUAGGCUAUGUGGGCUAGGCUGUGUAGGCAAGGCUAUGCGAAUGUGGACAUCACACGGAACCAGUUGUGGUUAGUACAGGCGCCACCAUGCCACACGGUGCCACACGGUGCCACACGGUGCCACACGGUGCCACACGGUGCCAAACUGCCGUGACCAGCUCCCUG